UGCAUAAUUACUUUGAUUUAACGUUCACAGGAUAUAUGUUUUGAUUACAAAGGUUGUUGUUGUGUUGAAGAUACUUUAGAUAUACAGAGUGUGCGUGAUGAGUGGUUGCUGUAUACUAAAAAUAACUAUAUAAAUUUGUGUGGCGAUGAUGUGUACUAGAAAUCAUUGGUUAUCUGGUAAAAUUUGAAAAUUUGCUUCUUUUUUAAAAUAAUUUUUCAUUAUGUUUUAGAUAAGAACAUUUUUCAAAGUUGGUGAACAUGUUUCUUCUUUUCACACAUGAAUGGAAAAUACUCACCAAAACACUUUCACAAAAGUAUUUCCAGAAAUAAUGAAAACACAAUCAAUAAUUUUGAUGGAAUUGUUGCUACAGUGGUGCUAGCUGUGAUAGUUGUAACUUUGGGUUUAUUUGUCAUAUGCUUGUAUAUGUAUGUUAAAAGUCACCAUACUAAAAACCAGUAUAGAAAAAUUAGUUUAAGGCAGAAGCCCAGUCUUAAAAUAACUUUGCCUAGUAGACAACAAACAAUAGAAGAGAAUCCAUCUCUUGAACGAAAAUGCUUCCCUACGCACCAUGUUGAAUUUGCUAUUCCUCCCAAAACACCAAACACACCAAUGACUCCAUAUACACCUGUAAAUAAUGACAAGGAAGAUUUGAAGUAUUUUUUUUCCCGCUCCAUUUCUGCCCCAGCGGAGAAGGUUUUUGUUAGCAAAGAUCGUAAUGCAGAUGGUUUGUGGAGAACUGCAGUAAAGAAAGCAGCCGCAUCACAGUUUUUAACCACAAAGCCAAAGACUGAGAACAAGAUUUCGCAUUGUGCCAGUGGAAAGAUUAAACUAUCACUGAAAUACAAUCAACAUGGAUUAAAAGAACUAUAUAUUAACCUGCUGGAAUGUAUUGAUUUGCCAUUGUCAAAGGAGACUGGUAUAACUGCUCCCUUCGUGAAAGUUUAUCUGUAUCCACAAACUGCCCAUACCUUUCAAGAUACAAACAAGAUUGGAUUCCGCGUUGCUAUAUUAAAUUAUCCUUCAGAACAAUCCUGUUCUUUCACUGGUUGUCCAAUAGAUAAAUUAUGUGGUGCUGCUUUAAAGUUUGUCAUAUUGGAUUAUGACAGGUUUUCCAGAAGUGAAUUUGUGGCAGAUUGUGUUUUAUUGUUGGAUGAGGUAUCUUUAGAAGGUGAAAUUAUUAGCAAGCAUUUGAGUGUCAGAAAAACGCAACCGGAUAAAGAUGUCGGAAGUCUGUUAGUGUCGUUGUGCUACCAACCAAGUGGUUCUCGUAUAUGCAUAACUGUGUUGAAGGCUAGUGGUCUCCCUGAAAACAUGGGUGGUCAUUUUUUAGAUUACUUUGUGAAGAUCAGUUUAAUGUAUAAUGGCGUUGUACUUGACAAAAGAAGAACAAGAGUCAUAAAAAAGACAGCUUGUCCAGUGUUCAAUGAGAGAGUUGUGUUUCCAGUAGAUUCAUAUGCCACAAUUAACUCUCUUAUUUUUCUUUUUGAAGUCAUCCGGAACGACUCUAAACUAAAACAAGAGAAAAUAGCAAAUGUUAUUUUAGCCAAUCAUUGUCGACAACGGCAAGUGACUCCCCAUGAAAUUCAACACUUUAAUGAAAUGAUUUCCUCACCGCAAAGACAAAUUGCAGAAUGGCAUAAACUUGUAAUCUAGAAUACUCCAUUGACUAUAUGGACUAUAUUUUUGUUCGUAUCUGUUUUUUAAUAAGCAUAAGAACUUCUUUCAAGUUCCCAGUGAGUGCUAGUUGCAGUCGUCUAAAAGCAGCUGUACACAUACUGUUAAUACAACUUUCGUAGUUGCCAUAAAAAUCUUUCUCCCUACUUCUUGUUAUAGAUACACGAUUGUGAUUCUUUAUAGCAUUUUAACUUGUGUUACAAAAUAUAUUUGUAUAACAAAUUAUUUUUAACAGAAUUUUUUUCUUUUGUAAACAAUUUUUAAAAAUUAAAUGCAAUUUUUUGCUGUAUAUUUGUUUUUUUAAAUAUUGGAUUUUUUUAGAAGAAAUUCCGUGUGUCUUCUUUACAGCUGGUGUACUGAAAUGCAUGGCUUAACGA